GCUCCCACAGACCUGUCUCCAGGGCAAACCCUGGCUGGGCUCCUUGACGUCCUAGGAAGCCUUCUGAUUCAGGCUUCAAGGCCCCAGCAUGCCGCCUCAGCCUCGCAGGAGCCCGCAUGCUGCCCCGGCCCCUGGCGCGCCGCGCUAGCCCCCAGCCAGGGCGCAGGGAGGCGCGGAGGCCAUGGCCAGCCACGUGGACCUGCUGACCGAACUGCAGCUGCUGGAGAAGGUGCCCACGUUGGAGCGGCUGCGCGCCGCCCAGAAGCGCCGGGCCCAGCAGCUAAAGAAGUGGGCGCAGUAUGAGCAGGACCUGCAGCAUCGCAAGCGCAAGCACGAGCGGAAGCGCAGCACGGGCGGCCGGAGAAAGAAGGUGUCCUUCGAGGCCAGCGUGGCCCUCCUGGAGGCCUCGCUUAGGAACGACGCUGAAGAAGUGCGCUACUUCCUGAAGAAUAAGGUCAGCCCUGAUUUGUGCAAUGAAGAUGGACUCACUGCCCUGCACCAGUGCUGCAUCGACAACUUUGAGGAAAUUGUCAAGUUGCUCCUUUCCCACGGUGCCAACGUGAACGCCAAGGACAACGAGCUGUGGACGCCUCUGCAUGCUGCGGCCACCUGCGGCCACAUUAACCUGGUGAAGAUCCUCGUUCAGUAUGGAGCCGACUUGCUCGCUGUCAACUCCGAUGGGAACAUGCCCUAUGACCUCUGUGAGGAUGAGCCCACCCUGGAUGUCAUCGAGACGUGCAUGGCGUACCAGGGCAUCACCCAGGAGAAAAUCAACGAGAUGCGGGCAGCUCCUGAGCAGCAGAUGAUUUCGGACAUUCACUGUAUGAUCGCAGCUGGCCAGGACCUUGACUGGGUAGAUGCCCAGGGGGCCACACUGCUGCACAUAGCUGGAGCCAACGGAUACCUGCGGGCAGCCGAGCUCCUCCUGGACCAUGGUGUACGCGUGGAUGUGAAGGACUGGGAUGGCUGGGAGCCCCUGCACGCGGCUGCCUUCUGGGGACAGAUGCAGAUGGCAGAGCUGUUGGUGUCCCAUGGGGCCAGUCUCAGUGCUAGGACGUCCAUGGAUGAGAUGCCAAUUGACCUGUGUGAAGAGGAGGAGUUCAAAGUCCUGCUGUUGGAGCUGAAACACAAGCAUGACGUGAUCAUGAAGUCGCAGCUGAGGCAUAAGUCAUCUUUGAGCAGGAGGACGUCCAGCGCAGGCAGCCGAGGGAAGGUGGUACGUCGAGCCAGCCUGUCCGACAGGACCAACCUGUACAGGAAGGAGUAUGAGGGAGAGGCUAUACUCUGGCAGCAGCGGAGUGCAUCCGAGGAUCAGCGGAACUCCACCUACAACGGGGACAUCAGGGAGACCAGGACAGACCAAGAGAAUAAGGACCCGAACCCCAGGCUGGAGAAGCCUGUGCUGCUCUCCGAGUUUCCCACCAAGAUCCCACGCAGUGACAUGGACGUGCCUGUUGAGAAUGGCCUCCGGGCUCCGGUCAGCACCUACCAGUAUGCGCUGUCCAACGGGGACGUCUGGAAAGUGCACGAGGUGCCCGACUACAGCAUGGCCUAUGGCAACCCUGGCGUGGCCGAUGCCACCCCGUCCUGGAGUGGCUACAAGGAACAGAGCCCCCAGACGCUUCUGGAGCUGAAGAGGCAGCGGGCUGCAGCCAAGCUGCUCAGCCACCCCUUCCUGAGCACCCACCUGGGCAGCGGCAUGUCCAGGACGGGCGAGGGCGGCAGCGAAGGCAAGGCCCCGUUGAUCGGAGGCAGAACUUCUCCGUACAGCAGCAACGGGACCUCGGUGUAUUACACGGUCACCAGUGGAGACCCCCCACUCCUGAAGUUCAAGGCCCCCAUAGAGGAGAUGGAGGAGAAGGUCCAUGGCUGCUGCCGCAUCUCCUAGUCUCUGUGGGAUGGAGGAGAGAGAUGCGUGGGGAGAGGGACCCUGGAAUCCAGGCCAGCCCAGCAGCCCUGGCUGGGGGCGGGCAGCUGGGGCGGGAAGGGGGAGGUGGGCUCUGCGUUCCAGAGGAGCUCAGAACCCACCUCUCAGCCAGCUGCCCAUAGCAUCACCGCUUCCCAUGGUUCUGCUUCUUGCCGCAUUGUCUGCCAUCAAAAAACAAGGCCCCUCGUGGCUUCCUGUCUCAUCCUGCUGUCAGAUUUUGGAAGGGCGAGUUGGGAUUCUAGUUCUGUUGUUGGUCAAGGCUUCUCUGGACCAGUACUCACACGUCACAUAUCAACACACAUACACACACUCUCACACUCAGUCAAGAUGUGUAGGGAUGACACAGCUGGGCUCAUGGGAAGCAGGUGGGACUGAAAAUUUGUGAGCUCUUCCUAAGAGGACUGAGGUUAAGAUUCAGAGUUUUGUCACCACUGCCAAUGUGGCUUUAGCAGGGGAGGGAGCGUGCUAACCUGAGACCUGUCAUCUUGCCUGGAGUCCUACAACAACUUGGUAUUGUCAUCUCCAUCUGGUGGGAGCAGGAGGUCUUCUGUGUUUAGAGGGAGCUAUGGUAAAGAAUCUGCCUGCAAUGCAGGAGAUGGGGUUCGAUCCCAGGGUUCAAAAGAUUCCCCGGAGAAGGGAAUGGCAACCCACUCCAGUAUUCUUGCCUGGAGAAUUCCAUGGACAGAGGAGCCUGGUGGGCUGCAGUUCAUGGGGUUGCAAAAAGUCAGACACAACUGAGCGACCAACACUUUCACUCUGAUGCACCCACAGUGGGUGGAUGAGGUGGGUGUAGACCUGCCCCCCACAGCCUUGCCCAUGCCCAGAGCCAGCUGUGUGUGCACCCAGGGGCCAAGGUGGAACACCAGGUAAUUCUGCGCCUGGAGUAAUCCAAAUCUAUUUUGCUCUUGGAUGGAAGCUUCAAAAUGUGACGAGGAGAGGGAACAAAGGUAGCAUUUUCAAAAGUGUGUUGGAUAAAAUAAUUCUUUUAGACUGUAAAACUCCAGGUUGCAGAGGGGGAUCGCUGAAUUAGCUUUCUUUCACAGACAGUGUCAUGAUCACUAGGUUGUACUGACUGGUAUUGAAAAAAAGGGAAGCUAAGGGAGAAGCUUCAGUUGGAAGGGCUUUUCCAGGGAGAGAGGUGAGUUCAUGUUUUUAAUUUUUGCAGACAUCUCUGUUCAGCAUGACAGAGCCCAGUGCCCUGGCCAAGCUUUGUGACUGGUCA